AUGCAAAACAACAAAAAUUCUUCUGAACAAAUACUUGUAAGACGUUUGCGUCCAAUUUAUGAUGCCAUCGACGCUGGACAAUACAAAAAAGCAAUAUUAGAGGCAGACAAAGUUUUAAAGAAACAUUCACAAAUUAAUGGAGCUAGAAAUAUUUUUAUAAUUUUAGACCGAACUAAUGAAGCUUUAAAUAUUUUGAGGAACCUCGAACCAGAUCUCGCUGAGGAAGAAUUUAAUGAAAACACAAUUCAAGCAGUUUGCCAUUGCUAUAAAGAGUUGAAUAGUCCAGAACGAAUUGUUACACUUUAUUCUUUAUUGACCAAAAAAUAUCCUAAAAACGAAAAAUUGGCGCGAGAAUUGUUUUUUGCACAUAUCAGGACAAAAGACUUUCGACACCAGCAACAAAUUGCCACUCAACUUUAUAAGGAUACAAAUAUGCCUCAAUAUUGUUGCUGGGCAAUUAUGAGUAUUUUAAUGCAAGGAUAUCAAAAUAAAAAGCUUGCUGAUUUAAUGCUUUUUCCACUCGCUGAAAAAAUGCUGGAAAAAUUGCCAAUAAAUGAUUUGUGUCGAAUGCAGGGAGGUAUAAACUUUUAUUAA